AUGAGCGACGAGGCUUCGAAAUCGCUGCUGAAAUUCUUUGACGACAACGAGUGCUGGAUCCACCCCGAGGUCGAGAUUCGCACCUCCAAGCUUGGAGGCACAGGAGUGUUUGCCAAGAAGGAUCUCGACGCCGGCGACAUUGUUCUCAAGGUGCCCAAGAGCGCCUGCCUGUCUCCUCGAACCUGUGGCAUUGCCAAUCUUUUGGACGAGCACGAUCUGGAUAAUAUUGCCGGUCUUCUUGUGGCUUUCCUCUACGAGCGGUCUCUAGGUGACCAGAGUCCAUGGCACGAGUUCUUUGAGUCUCUCAAGCCCGUGAUUGCCGAUGUGCCUGAGAUCCCCAAGUUCUGGUCCAACGACGAGGACCGGGCUCUUCUGAGCGGCACGGAGGUUGAGGAGAUUGGCGGCCUGGAGACCGGGGAAGACGAGGAGGUGUACCAGGAGUUGAUUGUGCCUUUCUUUGAAGACAAUGGUAAGCUCAUCAACUUGGAGUGCCCCUCGUUUGACGAGUUCAAGAAGCUCGUGGUGGUUAUUGCAUCGCGGGCCUUUGAGGUUGACCAGUUCCGCGAGCUGUGUCUGGUGCCUGGCGCCUGUCUCUUCAACCACUCGGACGACCCCGAUCUGCAUUUCCAGACCGACUUUGGCGUCUGUCCUGUUUGUGGAGAUGUCUACUGCGACCACGACGUUGAAGAGCAAGAGCAUGAGCACAGCGGAAGCUGCUGUUCCGGCGGAGACCACCAUCAUGGGCAUGACGACGAGGAAGACGAUUGGUCUGACGAGUCGGUAGAUGGAGAUGACGACGAGGAGAGAGAAGAGGAGAUGGAAGAGGUUGAAAGUGGUGAUGAAGACGAGGAGAUGGAGGACGGCGAAACCGAGGAGGAUGAGGAGGAAGGAGACGAGCAUGAUGAAGAUGAGGAGGAGGAAGACUCUGAAAUCUGUGACAUGCAGCUGCAGAAUGAUAUCAAGGCCGGAAAGGAAAUCUUCAACACGUAUGGAGACCUGCCAAACUCCAUGUUGCUGGCCCGGUACGGUUUUGCCAUCUGGAACAACUCGCAGGAAGUCAUUUCUCUGUGGAAAGAAGCCAUGGCCUACGCCAAGAAGGCUGGACGAAUGGACCGGCUCAAGAUGCUGCGGAAACGGGACCCCGAGCUGUCGGAAAAGGUGUUUGUGGCCUACUCGGACGGCGAUGUGAACAAAAUUGAGUGGGGACCUUGUGUCAACGCCAUGCUCACUCUGCUGCUCAUGACCGACCAGGAGUACAAGAAGAAGGUGUGUUCUCGACGUCUGGACAAGGAUAUCAACAAGGCCAAGAAGCUGUUGUUAAAUGCUCGACUCAAAAGGUACGAGGAUGGAGGUAUGACUUCGGAGGAGUACAAAAAGGUGCUGCCCAAGGUAGAGGGAACCAAGAAGGCUGCCAUUGUCAUUCGAGGUACUGAGAAGAAGGUCAUUGAGACCGCUCUCAAGACGCUGAAGUAG